CUGUGCAACCAGUGCUGAGAAAGGCCGUCUGAUGGCUCUCCUCUUUUAGCUCUGCGCUGGAAUCCGCCGGGCUUUGCUGCCGACGUCCGACAUGCACCGAGCUGAUGCCGCAGUGGAUGAUGCCGUGCUAAGGAAGAAAGAACAGAAAGAUGUUGAACUUGAUAAGAAAAUCCUGGCUUUGCGGAAGAAGAAUGAAGCGCUCAUACGCAGAUACCAGGAAAUAGAAGAGGACAAAAAGCGAGCUGAGCAGGAGGGAAUGGCUGUUACUUCCAGGAGACCCAAGCAAGACGGACUCACUAUUACCAUCACCAAAGCUCACAACGACAAAAGGGUGGUGAGCGAGAAAUGGAGUCCCUGUCCUACGACCCCUGGAUUCGGCAUUGGCAGUGAGGAAGAGGAAGAGGAGGAGGAGGAAGCAGAUCAUAUGUUCACAUUCAGAAUGGGAAAGAGGAUGCAGCUGGCUGUUACCAUGGACAACAAAGCCAAGGGCAAGCGGAUUGUCAGUGAGAAACGCACCGAGUGCUUCCCUGGCCCGGGCAGGGUGCCAGACCUCAGUGAAGAGGAGACAGACCACUUGGUGGCUUUCCGCCGGGGGAGAAGGAUGCAGAUUGCCAUCACCAUGGAUAACAAGGAAAAAGCAGAGGAGAGAAGAACAGCAGAGAAGAGGAGAUCAGACAGUGACAGAGGCCCAGAAAGUGAGCACAGCCGGAAGGAGAGUGGGAAGUCACUCCAGAAGAGCCCUGGAGACCUGAGUUUCCCCAUGACCGGACGGGAACGCUCUGAGUAUAUACGCUGGAAGAGGGAGCGAGAUCAGAUUGACCUGGAGCGACUGGCACGUCACAAGAACUCCAAGGGCGAGUGGCGACGGGCUUGGGAUGUGGAGAAGUCAGAGCACAUGUUUGAAGAGGACUUUGUUAAGGAUGGGGAGCCAGCCUUGGAUAAUCCCAGCAAUAAGAAAGGGGGAAGAAACGCAAGGAAAUUCCAGCACAGGUCCUUUCCUCCCAAUGGGAGAGGUGGAGGACAGCACAGCAUGAAUAUGAACAAUCCCGGUCCCAAAGCAAUGAGCAGCCGAGCCAAAGGAAAGGACAGACUGACCGGCAGAGCCAGAAGAUGGGAUGCAAAAGAAGGCGAGGACAUGUCUUUUCUGAAGGAUGACCCUGACAGCCAGAGGAGCCUUGGUAUGGACAAGCAGAAGAGCAGAGGUGAGGAAGGAGUGGAAGAGAACUGCACAGCUGAGCUGGAGGAGAAGGUGAAACAGCCAAGCCUCCAAGAUCAUGGGGCCUCAUCAUCACAAAGGCGAAGUGGGAAGGCCCAGUCUGCCCCCAAUGGCCAGAAGAAGGAACGGAGACGAGUGAAGGGGUUCGGCAUGGAGGUCUCUGUGGCCAGCACAGGUGACUCAGAGCCAGGUCCCAAGCCGAGUAAGGAACCUGUUGAGGAAGAUGGCAAUGGGAAGCCUGGCAGUGCUGACAUCUCUCAGGAGGAGAGCACAAAUAGCAGUGCCUCACAGAAUAGCCUUCCAAAUGCUGUGCAGGCCACCAUGCAUAGCAGUGAGCAGACCUCGUCAUUGCCCACGGAAGAUGAUUUAGAUGGAGCUGGCUUUAAGAAAAACACAGCUUCAGAACAGGAAUCCACUGAGGACUCUUCAAAUAGCCAUGGAGGAAAGCCGGACACAGCAGCUGAAGACAGACUGGAUGCAGGUCAAAGACAGCUGGUGAGACAAAGAGGGGAGGAAGUGACCCAAAACACUGCCCUUGAGGGACAAACACUUGCUCUGAAAGGAGUUGAAGAUGCUGAAGGCACUGAACACACAAGCAAGCCUUUGCCCCCAAGGAAAGACAACUCUGACAAAACUGUUGUGCCUGAGCAGGACACAGCAAAAUCACAGUCCAGGGAAGGGGACCAGCCUGAAGAUUGCAAGGACAAGGACAGCAGGGACACGCUCAACUAACAAAGACUGCGCCAGCUUGCCUGAGAUGGAAGGAUAACGUGCUGAAGGUGGUGGAUGAGAAGAGAAGAGGAGCACAGCCUUGUCCUCACUCUGACCUUCUAUGAAAUCAGCUUUCAGCACCUGCCCUGCGCCUUUCACUCACCACAGACAGGGUCCCCCCUUCACCAUUCCCCACUCAGUUUCAGCAUCAGCCCUUCCUAUCCUGGUGCCAAAGGACAGGAAAGGCUACACACACUCCCUACACUUUUCUUUGGUAUUUGUUUUGCCUAUAUUGCAGCUGUGUGGCAAGCCAAUGAAAUGUCUACUGGAUGCACUUUAUUUUAUUUAAUAACUAAUUCAGUUUAAAGUUAAGAUUCAGCUUUCUGGGCAGCCCACCCAUUCCCUCCCCAAGGCUAACAGGGAACCGUGUGUGCCCGGAGGACAGCAGGGGUUGGGUGAGCUCUCCCCAGCGGUUGCGUUGGGACAAGUGACAAAGCAGAGCAUUAGGAGACAGGGUGAGAGGUGCUAUGUUGUAGUGCAGUAGGUGGGUGAAGAAGUAGAGCUCAGGGCAGCUGUUGUAGUAUGGGUUUGUACGUGGUUGAAGUGGUGGCAGAGAUGUAUGGUAGUUACACAGGUCGUGGGCACAGAGCCUUCUUGGGGUGCUUUCGACAAGCACACGGCAGCCACAGCAUCUCAUCCUUUCCAAGGUCACCUUUCUCCUCCUGUUAGAUAUGGUAGGGCAGAAGCAGCAGAGGCUGAACGAGCACGUCAGAAACAUGCUUUUUUCUAAGUAAGGUGGCUGCUCCAUUGAGCAGGUACGUACACAGCUUGGCAAAGCACUGAGCCUGCUGCUUAAGGCUGGGAAGCGCAAAGGCUACACUAACUGGAGAUGCCUGCAGCAAGGAGGAGGGCAGCACAAAUGCAGUAACUUUCCUUAACACCCUGCCGCAAGGAAGGAGCUGGCAACAGGACCCCAGCCAAAUUAGAGCUGAAAGUCAAGGCUUCCUGUCAACUGCUUUCACCUUCCUGGUUGUGCCUUUCAUAGCCUUGUGCACAAGUAAGAGGGUAACAGUUCCCCUGGAAGCUGCCAAGGAUACCUUUUGUCCUGGCCUUAAAAGGUGCCUUUCAAAUCAAGGAACUGAAUGAGCAUCUACAGCAUAAAUGAGCAAAAAUCCCAGCUGUUUAGAAUUCCAAGCAGAUGAAAGACUGACAGCAAACUAGGAACUAGCUGAAAUGUGCCCGCCCAUUAAGAAGGCAGAAAGCUGGCACAAGGAAUAACAUAAUUCCUGACUUCUAAAUGACAAAACAAGCAAGGCUAUCAUCCUCAUUAAGAAGCACUGCCCUAAAACUUGAAGCAGUUUCAGGAGUAAAUGUAUGUGCAGAUACUUAUUCAUGGAGAUUUAUCGAAUGUCACUGCAAGAUGCAUUGGCUAACCAAAAUGACAGACUGCCUUGGUGAUGGAGUUGGCAUGUGUGGACUGAAAUGCUGUAUGCUGUUUUAAUAAACUAAUAUUUGCACAUAUAAACACUUCGCUAUUCUACGUAACUUGGAUCCACAAUACCUAUCUCAUGGAAGACAACCCUGGGAACUUCCUCUAUGUGCCAAAUUCAGGAGAGUUUACUGGCUUCAGACCAGGCAUUAGCAAGAAACAGGGUAUGCAGCUUUCAUGUUUUAUUAGUAGGAACACCUUCCCCCACCCAAGCCCAGACUGGGUUUACUUGGACUUAUCCAACAGACAAGAGAACAGAUAGAUGCAAACCAGAUUAUAAGACUGCUCCAGGUCCUGGAAAUUCUCCAUCACUUAAAGGCUGGUUUUCCUCAACCAACUGGCUCAAACACUUGCUUAUUUAUUUAUUUUUCUAAGAUGAAAACAGCUCACUGACCUCAAUCUUGAUCCAGUCAGAAUCACUGCCAUCUUGCCUCAGUCCACACACAGAAUAUUCUCUGAUGAAGAGCUUGUUGUUGCACUCCAGCAGCAAUCAAGCAAUAGAAAGCAACUUUUACAUUGCCUCUGGCCCAGGACUUAGUUGUAGAGAUAAAAAUCCAACUUCAAUUGUUGCUAUACCUUAUCUUAUUGAUAUAAGAUAUAGGAACAACUUUCCUCUUUCAAAGGAAAAACUGACACUUUGCCCUCCAUCCCCCUUUCCCCUCUACCCCUCAUAAAUCCAAGCAACUUUGCACUUCAUGAUGCCUGGGAAGGAUCUAGUCUGUACCAAGCUCUUUGGAUUGUGCUGUGCAGAUGGUGCCUGUCCUCAGCAUAAUUUCUUCUUGCUUACCAACAGCCUGCUUGAACGCACUUCGGUUGGUGCCUGGAUUGGAAUUUUUCAGAAAAAACGAAAAAGGUGUGGCUAGCUAUUUCUUCUUUACAGUGAGACAAAAGAUCAAAGAGUUGAAAAAUCUGAUGUAGAGGUGUUAUUUAUAUUAAAUAAAAAUUAUGAG